AUGGGAAGAAUCUCAGACAGACCAUAUCCUACUAGCAUUGUUAAAAAAAGUCAGCACUAUUCUGUUCUCACCAUACGUUGGAUAUUUCAAUUAUCUCAUGAGCAAAGUGGAGUAGUUGACUCUCCCAUACUUGGCAAAAUGGGUAAUUGCCUGCCUGUAUUGUUCCGAAUGAGCAGAAAUAUGGCUUCCCACGAUAGUUCGGGAGGAGAUCCACAGCGAGGCUCUUCAGAUACCUCCUUGAGCUUCAGCAAUCCGGUUAUGCAACUACCUCACAGUAGUCCUUAUGUGAACCAGCUCUACGCAGCAAACGUUGCUCGACAACGUGCCGCCGCAGAGGAAAGUAAAACUCGUGAAGAUGCUCAACGACAACGUGUUAGGGGACUUUUAGAACAGAUACCAGCGGAUGAGUUUCGGUCAGACAUGAAGGGAAGCGAAUGUGCUAUCUGUAUGGUUGACUUCGAACCAGGUGAGAGGGUGAGAUUUUUGCCAUGCAUGCACUCGUUCCAUCAAGCAUGCGUGGAUGACUGGCUCAUGAGAUCUUUUACUUGUCCUUCAUGCCUGGAACCAGUGGAUUCGACCAUUCUGUCUUCCCUCACUGCUCACACACAGCAAACAUUGCAGGACCUUGAGUGCUCUCCGGCGACUCAUGGAAUGCCUUCUACGAAUUAAGAUUGAGUUCUGUUAUUGCCGUUACUCACUUCUUUUGUUUUGCGGGAUCGCCUCCACUUCUCACUAAUUUUUUUCUAUGUGUAGUCUCCGCAUUGUCAUGUACACUCAUAAUGUGCAUCCUCAGAUACCCUAAAUGAAAUGCAAAUACCAAAAAGAGAUAGAGGGAUUAUGUCCCAAUUUUUAUCUUCGACAACGUAUUUACUCUUUUCCUUUGUUCAUAAUCCUGUACAUAAUUGACCGACACAUGUAGGAUAUCCCAUGGAAUUUUCGGGUUAUGGUCUGAUGUCGCAGCUUUCUAGUUAACACCGAUCUUUUCUACAUUUUUUUCAUGCAGUUUAGCUUCGAAUUCUACGGCUUUUUCAAAGCUUGUACCAUUUUCUUACUUAAUUCGCUUGUCUCCCUUAUCUUCCGGUGACUGUCGUCCGUUUAGACCCAGUUUUGUCACUAUUAUAAUACACAUUUUCACGCUUCUAAAAUUUGUAGUCAAUGCCUCUUUAUGCUUUCUAUACCGUUUCGUAAAUGAAUUAUCACUUUUUGACAUCUUUUUUGGAGUGUCUGCUGAAAAGCAUUUCCAA